GAUUUUCCUAUCGACUGUAUAGGCCUGGUGUAGAACGCAGGAACGCAUUGUGGAAAUGGGAACUCAUCUCGGUAGCAAAUUUAUAAAGUUAUACAAUGGAUAUUUGCUGCCAAGCGUUGGACUCGGCACGUAUCAACUUUUUGGAGACAGCGUACGCGAAGUUGUGGACAAAGCAAUAUUCCUUGGAUAUAGACACAUUGAUACAGCUCAUUCUUACAACAAUGAGAGUGAAAUCGGUGAAAUACUCAAAUCUCGUGUCGACUCUGGAUCCAUCAAGAGAAGAGACAUUUUUUUGACAACCAAAUUACCAGCUGUUCUGCACGAACCUCGCGACGUCUUGUAUUGUAUCGAGGAGUCAAGAGCUAGACUGAAGACGAAGUACCUAGAUCUUGUAUUGAUUCAUAACCCGUGGACUUUAAAACCCACGGAUUCGAAAGGAGGAUUGCAAUUCGUUCAGUUCAAUUUACAGAAAACAUGGCAUUCUCUAGAAACGUUUGUGAAAGAAGGGUCAGUAAAAUCGAUUGGUUUGUCGAAUUUCACGAUAGGACAAAUACAAAAUAUACUUGAAGGAUGUUCAAUAAUGCCAGCCAAUCUUCAACUCGAGUGUCACGCCUAUUUACAACAAAGAUCACUGCAAGAUUUCUGUAAAGCAAGGGGGAUAACUCUGACGGCCUACAGCCCCCUCGGUGCACACGGACGGCCAGAGCGCCAUCGUUUUACGGACCAGCCAGUUUUGUUGGAUGAUCCAGCAUUAGACUCACUUGCACAGGCUCAUGACAAAACUAAAGCGCAGAUUCUACUUGGAUGGCUGAUUCAAAGAGGUUUCUGUGUUGUUCCAAAAUCUAAAAGCGAUGACAGAUUGGCAGAAAAUUUUGACAUUUUUGACGUCAAUUUAAAUGAAUCUGAAUUAGCACAAAUUCAAGCAAUGGACAGAGGCAUACGGUAUUUUAAGUUUAAAAAUAUGACUGGACACCCCGAGUUCAAGCCGACAGAGGACUUUUGAUGACUUAAUGCACAAUAACGUUAAGAUUUCAUUUUAGGAGAACUAAAAAUCUCAAAAAUGUAUAGAUCUACCUUGCAUUAUAAUUAAUAAUAUAGGAAUUGUGGAUAAGAGAGGACCCACACCCCUUCCAUAAAUAACCAGUCAUGGACACAAAUAUGGAUAAGGAGAAAUAUAUAAGCAAAAUAUUAGACUCAAAACUCCACUUUGAGGAUUAUCUAAGUGAAAAGGUAAAUAAGGUCAAAUCCAUGUUCGCCUCGCUCAGGAGAACUUGUUUACCUCUUUGUAAAACAUCGAUACGAGCCAAUUUGGAUUUUCUGUUUGGUGAAAUUAAAGACAUAGAAAAGGUUAAAGGUGUACAGAGAAAGUCAACAAUACAGUUGGUCAGAAAUGCCUGAAGGAUUUUUCGUAGUUAAAUGUAACCUACCAACACUCGCAUAUCGACAUAUAAGAGAUAGUAUCGAAAUAUAUAAGAUUGUAAUAAGUGGAGAAUACAAUACAGAUACCAAUAUCCUAAAACCAUGGGGUAUAAUAGUGGUAGAGAAAACUGAAAAAUAACUAUUUCAACAAAGUGCUGAACUAGUAUACGUAUAAGAAAGAACUUUUUCUCACAGCGAAUAGUGAAUGGUCGGAACACUUGACCAGAGAGCGUAUUAACAAGUUUCAAGAUUAAUUUAUUUCUCAUGAAACAUACAUAAUAUUAAUUUAUUGCAUUUUUGCCAGUGAAAUCUAGAAAUUUAUCAAACUGAUAAAACUUAAAUUUUCAUUGCAGCUAUGAGCAGUGAAAAUAUAAGAUUUUGCAGAGAAUAUGUAAGGUUUUUGUUUUUGACUAAUCAGAGCGCACCUUUUAUUCACCUCAUUAAUUGAAACUUGCCAAUUUUCCAAGCGAAGAGAGAUAGAUGGGUAAUUUUGUUGUGUUUCAGAAAUAUUUAGACUAGUUUUUGACAAUUUGUGAAAAUAUAAAUAUUCUGUCAUACUCUUAAGAUAUAUAUUAUAUUCAACGAGGAACCAUUUAAUAUCCUCUAUAUAUUUUUCUGUCAUAGAAGACUUACUACAAAGAUCACAUAUGCAACCCAUUAUCCUAAAUGUGUCUGUCGAUGAAAGUCUUGGCAUUUUUUUAAUGGAGUUUGCCUUAAAGUAAACUGGAAUCUUACUUUACAUUCUUAAUUUGACAAGUUUGAACAAUCGGAAAUAGUGUCAGUUAUGAACAACAAGAGGUCGAACAAUAGCUAGAAAUUUUUUUCUUAUUGAAAAAAUAUUUGUUCCAACUAUCAGCCUAUUCUAUCUGACCAGAGAUUACUUACUUACUAGUUAUUUAUUAGUGAGAUGUGAAUACACAGUGUUAUUAUUUGUACAUGUACUUCAAUUGUUUUUGAUUUUGAGAAUAGUAGAGGGUCUUACAAUGAGCCUGUACCAGAAUGAACUUAACUAGUUAAGUUAGUGUGUAAUUAACAGUGUGACAAUUAAAUCUUGGUCUGUCGGUCUGUGAAAAAAUUUAUGAAAACGUAACCCUGUAUUAAAAUAUGAUAUCUAUCAUCUCGUUUGCUUUUGCUGUUGCAUUUUGAUGUUAACACAAUUUUUACAAAUAUAUACAAAUUGUCACUGGAAAAAACUUUUUUAACAUUUUAAAAUCUGUCUCCACUUACAUAAGGCUUAAUUUAUUUAACUGUUUGUUGCCAUGGCGAUUCAUUUACUAUCUUCGUAUGAACAAAUGUGGGCGACAAAGACCAAAUAAGCAAAAAAAUACUUUAUUUUUAAAAGAAUUUGCAUUGUAAAUAUUUCAGUCAUUGAAAUAAAAAAAGGGUUAAAAUAAUAAAAGAUAUAACAAAUAUGUAUAUGAUGUGAACUUUGUGGUAUAUAACCAAACAAACUCAUUCUGAAUUUGACCAAAACUUGGUACAUGCUGAUAGGAUCGAUAAAAUCCUCGUAGGUUUUUUUUACCGUUGUAUGUCGUGGAAAGACUGCAUUAACUUUUUAUAUAAGAAAGUUUCAAAAAAGAUUGGUGUUCUGAAAAGGUAACGGCCAUUGAUGUCUAACGGCAUUCUGAGCAAAUGUAUCGAAGUAUAGUUUUUUCAUAUUUUCAUCUAUUGAUCAUGAUAGUGUCCGAGUGUUCAAGUAAAAUCCUGUAGUCUGAAGUGAGGCCAGUAACAAUUCCUCUGUUUAAAAAACUGUUCAAACUGCAAAAAUUGAGCUGUAAGAGUUUUACUGAAUGUAAGAGAUGUUUUAACCCCAUCUGAAUUACUUUUUACACAGCUGAAGUGGUUGCCAAUUGAAUAUUAUUUCAAUUUUAAGAAAGCUGUUCUUGCUCUCAAAAUUUUACAUGGGGACAUUCCAAAUGUCUUGAGUAAUAUGUUUACCUAUGCAGGGAUCAAUCUAGGGAUUUUUUGCUACCAUUUAUGGGAAGUUUCACCUCAAGAUUUUGUUCCAUUUUCCCCCUCAGACUUGUUAAAUUCCCUGAAAUAUUGUAUUUUCCCUCAUUUUUAUGGCAAUAAUAUUCCCAAAUACUCCAGAUUUGCUUUCCUGAUUAACCAUUUGCUGUUUUUACUUGGAAAAUGUGUUUUUAAAGCAAAAACCUGAAACUUUUUGAUGUUUAAAUUUCCCCUUUUCAGAACUGAUUUCCCCUAUGGUGCAAAAAGGGUAGUUUCCCCUAAAUUCUAGAUUAAUCCCUGCUAUGUCAGAGAUGUUAGUGUAAGUGGCUGCCGAUGGAAGAUUAUUUUAAUUUUAGGAAAGCUGUUGUUGCUUGCCAUGACUUGAGUAAGAAGUCGUGGAUGUUAGUUUAAGUACAAGGUCUUCAGUUUCUGAUAAGUUUGUAUUCCAAAUGAAAGAACAAGUUAUUUAAAAUGCUUAUUUGUGUUGCGAUUUAUGAAGCAGGCUAAUUGAAAAUAUCAGAAAUGCCAGCAGUGUCGCUAUUUUUAAUCACAGAUAUAGUCAAACCAGAAUGACCUGUUGCGUUGACCUUUUCAAUAAUAUUCAAAGUGGGUAGCUCCAUUUGUGCACAGGUGUGUUAACAAAACAUAUUGAUUAGGAAUACUACGGUGUCCAGCAGGGUGCUGUUUUGGACCAGUCGUUUUUUGUUACAAUUUUAUUUCGACAACACAGGGAUUGUAUCAUUUAUUUUUGAUGCAUGGUUUACACAUAUCCAAGUAACUAUGUGAUCAAUUGUUCACAUGUUAACAGUUUUGUCGCGAAAUCUAGACCAUUAUAAAUACAAAUUAUGCAGCUAAUGAUAAGGUUUGUUACAUUAUAAACAACUAACAGAUAUACAUGUAUAUAUACAAAACAACUAUUUCCCCUAAAUAACUAUACUCAUCUGUAAUCAAUAUACACAUGUAUAUAAUGCUAAUCAAAGUUCAACACGACAAGUCAUUCUGGUCGGACUAUAUUUAAAUGAUGUCUUUUCAUUACUGUAGAGAAUUAUAUUUUACUUUGGUAUAGGUACACUUUUCCAUGUACUUUAUUGACAGAACUUUAUAUGUGUUUUUGAUAUACAUUACAGGUAUUUUAUUUAAGGUGCUUAAUGUAUUGAUAUUUUGUUUAUCUGUGAUAACUAUGUAUUGAUGCAGGGUCGUAGUAUAAAUUAGACUUGUCUAAAUGUGUAACCCUGGAUAAAGAAAAUAUAUCACAAGCUAUUUAUAUAAUAUAUAUUGAUGCAUUUAAAAUGCUCUUGUAUCUACCCCCAGUGUUCAUUAAAGAGUAAAAAAAUCUA